CACUCAGCGACAUCAGCUUCAAGCAAGCAAAUCAAUAUUCUAAUCAAUUUACAAGCUCUACAACAUGUGUCAGAUGAUUGUGACGUGCAUUAUUGUCAGCAUUGGGCUGCUGGGCGUGUUUGCCGCAGCUAUGCCGCAACAACCUUAUACCCAGAACUUAAUCUACUAUCCGCCACCGCCACCACCAGUGACGUACCAACGUGCUCGUCGUCAGGUGCUGGGCGGUUCGCUUGCCUCGAAUCCCAAUGGCGGCGCCGAUGCUCGUGUGGAGUUAACUAAGGCGCUGGGCACACCGGAACAUAAUAUUAUUGGACAGGUAUUUGCUGCGGGCAAUACGCACACCGGCGGACCAGGCCCAGCUGCCCCCGCCACCAGUGGCGCCACAUUGGCUUACAACAAUCAGGGUAAUGGUCUGGAGCUGACCAAGACGCAUACGCCUAAUGUCCGUGACAGCUUCCAGCAGACAUUGACUGCUAAUCUGUACAACGAUGGUGUUCACAAUCUGGAUGCUAAGGCCUUCGCCUCACAGAAUCAGCUGGCUAAUAACUUCAAAUUUGAUCGCAAUGGCGCUGGUCUCGACUACUCGCAUAUCAAUGGACAUGGCGCCAGUGCAACGCACAGCAAUAUUCCCGGCUUUGGCAAGCAGAUCGAACUGGGCGGACGUGCCAAUCUGUGGCAAUCUCAGGAUCGCAAUACGCGCCUAGAUCUGAGCAGCACCGCCUCCAAGUGGAUAAGCGGUCCGCUUAAUGGCAAGCGGGACUUUGGCGCCAAUAUUGGCCUGUCCCAUUACUUUUAGUAAUGCACCAAAGAUUAUUUUCCCAAUUUUUUAAUCGAAUUUAUAUUUAUAAAAUAAUAAAUACUUUAUUUAUUGAAUAAAUGUAUAAUUUAAAUAAAAUAAAAACAGCUUGAACAUAAUUACGCUGGUUAACAGCUAACAGGCCUAAUUAACAGGACUGUAACUUAACAUAUGUACAUAACAUUAAUAUCGACAUCGAUCGAUAUCAAUUGUGUGAUCCCCAACUGAAAGAAGAAGAAAUUAAUCGUUCUGAAUCAAGUAAA